AGUGAGAACGAAAAUCAACUGCUGAAUAAAAGCGUCAUAAAAAAAAUUACGAUUGAAAUGUUAUUCGAUUUUCAAAUUUCGAUAUAUUUAUUGUUUUCAGCAUAUUCGCAUGCUUCUGAGAAUUGGCGGCUAAAAAUAGAUUACAGCGAACGAAAAGAUAAACACACGAACGUCAGAAUAUUAAAUAUUACAUCUGUACUAACGCCUCAAUAUGAAUCGGUGGAUAAUUUACAAAACAAUAUCCAGACUUUUAAUAUAAACAAUGAAAAAAUAAACAAACGCAAUCGAUUAUACAACGAAGACAAAACAUUUGAAGACGAAAGAAUUCUAAUUAAUCAAUUUUCUAUUCAUAACGAACGCGAACAACAAAAUAUAAAAGAUAAACAACGAAUUAAAAAUAACUUGGAUCACUUGGAAAUUGUUAGAAAGAAAACAAAUUAUCCGACGCCAAUAUUCAAUUAUUCAUUGCAAAUGAAUACAUUUAAACCGAAUGUUUUUAGCAAAAUGGAUGUAAGUGAUGAUUUAACAAAUGGCGUUGGCGAAAACGCUUUACGACGAAAAACAUUUGCUGCAACACUUAACGGGAUAUUUGAUGAAAACUCCGAAAUAUUCAAAGAAUUAAAUAAACAGAACAAAUUGAUUGAACGAAUCGCCACAACUCUCUUGCGUGAUGAAAUUAACAGGCGAGUAGGAUUAGACGAAUUGGAUUUUCAGAACAUUCUAGAUUCUGUUGAAGCGAAGAGGAAAAGUACAACAGUGUCGACGACAACAACGACAUCAACAACGGAGAAGUUAACGACAUUGUUGACGCUGAUCGAUGAAACUGAAGUUAGGAACGCUUUGAAAAACGAUCCUUUCGUGAAAAGGAUUUUGAAAUUAGCGCAUAAAAAAAAAUUGGAGUAUUUAGAGAGAAUGGGUUAUGGGUAAUAUGUUUAUUUUUAAAUUAAAUUAAUGGUUUUAUCAUUUUAUAAAUU